AUGGCGUCCAACAGCAAUGAAGAAGAGGCAUCCAUGACCAUGCAACAACGAGAAGAUUGGCUACGAGAGCGGGGAGUAGAGAUUGAACCGCCCCAGACUGCCACUUCCGAAUCCUGCUCUUCCAGCACUACCGGUACCAUGUCAAGCAUUCUGGAGCAAAUGGCGGGUGUUGGAUUGAAGGAAGACGAAGACGACGUCUCCAGCAACAACGUGUCAUUUGUAUGCGUCCCUCAAGAUGAAUCCAAGGAAAUCUUUAGUUUGAAGCUACCAGCUUCUCUAGCAAAGAACGCUAACGGCGACCUUCUUCCCAAAUACGUCAAGCCCUACUUUGCUUCGGAUCGGCAAUCCAUUGAUACCGCAUUGCUGGAGCAACAAGCCACUAAGCACUUUGCGGGGGGCAAUUUGUCUGGUCUAGUAGAAUCCAACAUUUCUGCUGCUUCCAUGAAUGCGGCUGCUGCCAUGGGGAGUGUCGAAACCUUUCCUCUUGUUCAUCCUGCGGAUACCAACGGCUACACUGGAGUCUACAUUUAUUUGGACGAAGUUGGCAUGCUCAAGAAACUGCCGAAUAACAAUCGAGCCACUCGUAUCGCAGCCACUUGUGGUUUCCAUCCUCCUCCCAACUUUUAUGGAGAUGUAUUCAUUGGACGAGUCACUUCCAGACCAACCUUGCAAAAUGUCAACUUUGAAGUCCAUGAUACCAACCGAGAAUCCCAGUGGAUGCAACGAGCAAUCUCUGAAAACCUUAUUUGGCAACAGGAACUGAACAAGGUGACCAACAAGACGUCGGAAGUUCAACCACCUGCGGUUGGGACGGAAGGAAAUACCGCCGAAGAGAACAACUUUUCGUGGACUCAAGAUGAAGAAGAAGUGGAGCUGUCCGUGUUGCCACCAAUGGAGGAGUCGUCAUCCUUCAAUAAGAAACUCGUAAAAGUCAUCUUUCUCAGCAAAAAAGUUAAAGUGAAAUAUGACAAGCAAGAUAUUCUGGAUGUGUCACUGUAUGGCGCAAUUGAUGUUGACGGGUGCACAUGGACCAUUGACGGAUCCAAUAUUGUGAUCACAUGUGAAAAGGUGGAUACUGGCACAUUUUGGCCUCGCAUAAGCCCCUAG